AUGUCGCAAAUAAUGUAUCCGGAUGAGUUAGUCUCAAAGUUAUUUGAGGAGAUUGCGUACAAUAAAGGUGAGAUAAAAUUAGGUCAGCUUUGGGAUAUCUCUAAAACUCUGGUUAAUGUGAACGAUGACUCAAUGAAAAGUUUUGUAUUUGCGUUACUCACUUCUAAUCCUGACAUUGUUUUAUAUAAAAAUAAGAAAGAAGUUGAAAAGAUGCCAUUCAGUAGUUUGAAAGAAAACGAGGAUAAGAUUAGCAUAGGUAUCAGUGAAGAUAAACUGUGGCUUAUAUUGACAGGCUAUAAUAAGAAAGAAAGUACAAUUGGUAAUUUCGCGUUUGAAUUGCUUUUAGAGGUUGCGAAACACAAAGAAAAUGGUAUCAAUACCAUGUUAUUAGCAAAGAAUACCAAACAGGACUCGAGAAGUACAACGGGUCGAUUAAAGAAAUUGGCUCAUUUAAUUACUACCAAACAGUUAAUAUACCAAGGUCAUUUAGUUAAGCAAGUAACCUUAAAAAAAUUUCAAAAAGAGGAACCUGAGAUUAAGGAAUACAUUAAUAUGAAGAAUCAUCUUGGUACUAUUGUCAAUAUCGUCAAGAAUUCCAAGAAUGGUAUCCGUCAGACAACAGAUUUAAAAAGAGAGUUGAAAUUUGAUAAAGAAAAAAGACUUUCCAAGAGAUUCAUCAGUGCUAUUACCUUUCUGGAUGAGAAAGGAUAUCUCCAAAAAAUUAUGAUUAUAUCCCCUAAUAAUCCAAACAUUAAAGUCAAAUGUGUUAAAUAUAUUAAAGAUUUUUCAGAGGAAAAUAAAGCAAACUCAUACCUUGACAUGAACGAUAGUUCAGAAGAUGAUGAAGAUGCGGAAGAUGGCGUCGAAGAUAGCAAUAACACGAGACAAGAAGAAGAAGAAGAAGAGGAAGAAAUCAAUAAUCUAGAUUAUAUCAAUCCUUCAUCCAUAUUGCAAGAUAAGGGAUUAAUUAUGGAAGAUAAAGGCCAAACAAAUAGGCAGGAGUUACUUCUCAACAGAUUUUACCCUCUUCAGAAUCAAACGUAUGAUCUAGCUGCCCAAACCGAGACGGAUGGAAUGCCAACCAUGAAAGCUACGAAUUUGCUAGUUGGAAAAGAUUUUCAAAGAUCCUUUGCUAAGGGUCUAGAGUACUAUGCCCAAAUGGUAGGUAAAAAGAAAUUAGGUAGUUCUGGUCUAAACCUUGUGAAGAUAUACGAUUUUGAAGGGAAAAAGAAGUUUUACAGACUGUUUACAGAAGAAAAUUUCCAAAAAAUGACGGAUCCGACAAAGCCCUAUGUCCCAGCAAAAAUUCCUCCUAUGAAAGUUCAGAAACUUUCUUUAGAUAAAUUGAAUAAGAAAAAUUUCGUUCUAUUAAGCAAUACCCUUAGAUACGGUGUGAAUACAGCGGGUGACGAAGUUUUCUUUUGGCAUGGCUCUGAUACUAGCUCAUUAACAGCAAAGGAUAUAAAAAAAAUACCAAAGAGUAAAAAGUUGAAACGAGAAAGUAAGGAUGACCUCACUGAAGCUGACAUACCGAAACUUAAGAAAAUCAAACAAGCUGUAGUAGAAGAAGCAUUAGUAAAUAAUGAUGAUAACGAUGUUACACCUUUGGUUGAGUUAACUAGGCCAGAAGAAAUGCCAAUCACUGAAAGGCGUACAUUGAAUGUAGAUGGGUUUUUUGCAACCUCACUAAAAUCAUUGCAAAGACAACGGACUCUUCUUGAUAUUGUAAGUAAGAUGGGGGGUGUGGCAUACCUUAAAGAAUCACUCUAUGAUGAUCUUUCAAAGGCUCUCGGUUCGAACACGAUGGUAGACAAAAAAACAGCUCGUUCUGAUGUCGAUAGAAUGGUGAAAAGUGGUAAACUGCUAGUCUAUCAUAUUCCAGAUUCAAAAAAGAAAUUGAUACACAUACCUGGAAUGACAGAAAGUGACCUAGAAUUAUAUAUGGACAAAGAAAAGAAUAAGAAAAAGUAUGUUUACUCUUCCACUUUGCAUACAAGUGAUCUUUACUUUUUUGAUCAAAUAGCCAAAGAGAGGUUCAAUAGACGUGAAAAGUCUGUUCAGCGCUUACGUGACUUCCAAAAUAGAAAUAAAUCAGACACUUUAGCUGGAGAUUCAAAUAAAUAUAGAAGACCUCGCAAACCUAGGGCCUCCAAAGCAACGGAAGCUGCAGGGCAUGCUAAAAAGAGACGUGGAUCAUUAUUUACUGCUAUAUCUGAGGAUAAAAAUAGUUCUACAAGGAAAAAGAAAAGUGUGGUUAAAAAGCUUGCCUUUCAUGUUGGCAAGAAAUCUGGCCUAGAGGCUUUAAUUAUGGCCGUUGUUAUUACAAAAAGUAUUUCGAAUGAGAUCCAGUGGGAUAAAAUUAGUUUGCUGUUCCCUAAGAAUUCAUUAGAGAAUCUAAAAAAAAAAUGGACUACAAGAAGAGUUAAAAUGGGGCAUAAUGGCUGGAAAGCGUAUGUUGAUAAAUGGCAGAGAAUUCUUGUUCAAGCUAUCAAGAAUGAAUAUGUCUCUCUACAGGACGCAGAGAGUGUAAAUCUCCCCGUUCUUAUUCCUCUAUGGAUAACUUUUGAAGAGAACAGGAAAAAUACAUCUGUUUCUCUUUUCAAGGACUAUGACACAAAUAUUAAAAGGUACACUUUUGUAAAAGAUCCACCACAGCAUUUUUCGCAAGCUGGUAUGAUGAUGUCGUCAAUGGUUCAAAGAGAAACCUCUUUACUAAAAAGCACAUAUGUGUACAGCUUAGACAAUGCGAAUAAAGACGAAGAGCAAAAGAAAGAUCAAGAAGACAACAUUAAGACUGUUAUAAGGUCCAUUCUUAUGGACAGAACGGAAACAGGAAAAGAUGAAAUAGAAAUAUUGAAAAAUGUUUCAAAGGAGGAGUUGGACCGUAUUGUGCUUGAUUUGGCGAAAUCUAAACAACUUAUUUUACGUGGUCCAAAACUUGAAGCAUCUUCUUUAGUUGUAGAAAUGUUAGAGAAUAAAGGUCCCUAUGCUCAAUUUUCUGAAGCAGCAGAAUACAAUAAGAGAAUCGAAAAUAUGUUAUCAUCCGGAAACGGUCUCAUCAUUAGUCAAGAGAUUAAUGAUAUUGCGGCAUGGCAGUUAAUAGAUUUAAUUGAGAGAAGAAAUGUGUCACUUCAAGUUAUCCCAGUCGAAAGAGAUAUUGGAAAUUUCCAUUAUACCACAAGGAAAUUUGAAAUUGAAACACUGACUCCUCCUAUAAUCUGUUUAAUGGAGAAUGAUAGCAAGCAACUGUUUAGUUCUUCGCCUCAAGUACCAGUUCCGCUUGGAGCAGCGUAUUCUAGACUCUGGAUAAAUUCGAAUGGUGGACUGCGUGAGAAUAUUUGGAAGCAUCUUGUUGCGUUUGUCACGACUGAAAUUUUAUUUAGUCCAGGCAUAAUGAUAGAACAGCUAGAGACGUUAAGCUAUCACUUAGUCUCUAAGAAAGAAUUAUCUGAUAUUUGCAAUUGGCUGAUAAAAAAAGGUCUAAUCGAAAGUCUGCCGUUCGAUGGGUUUAAGGCAACGUAUAAAUGGUAUAAGUUAUUAGCAUGA